AUGUGUAAAUCUACAUUGGAAGAUAAUUUAUCAAUAUUAUAUAAUAAUAAACCCUGUGAAUCAUCCCCUAUUAAGAAAUUAUUGCAUAGAACGGCAGUUCAAAUGGCACUAAAUAAUUAUUUGUUUCGUUGUGAUGAUAUUAUGAAUCAAUCAUUAUCAUUUUGGGAAGAUCUUAGUAAAUCUCUACCUAAGCUUUGCUUAAUAUUAUAUAAAAGGCGUGUUAAAUCAUAUUCUAAUGGAAUUGCUUUACGUUAUAAAGAAUUUAAAAGAUGUGCAAAAUUUUCACCCCCAAUAUUUAGAGAAUUUUUUAAUCCAUCAAUAUAUGCAGAGAUACUAAGAGAUUGUAGUGGAUUUAUCUCUCCUACAAAGUUUAUAAAUUGCUGUAUUAAAAUUUUAUACACAUCUCAAAUACGUGCUGAAUUAGGGUUAUUGAAUACAUAUAAUGAAUAUAUAGAACGUAGUGAUAUUAGUAAUUGGAUAAUCUCAUUAAUACAUGAAAAUUCAUAUCCUAAAUUUUCCUCGGUUACUCAAUUAUGUAACAAUAAUUCAUCAUUUAUAGAAUUCUUUGUUAACUAUGUAACUGAAAGAAUUUUUUUUUUUUGUGGUGUUAAGGGGAAUAAGUUAAGUAUACAAGAUUUAAUAUUAUCGGAUACAUUUUAUAGAUUUCUUGAAAUUCGUAAUGCGGAUGUUAAUGAAAGUGACAAUAAUCCAUUUUAUCCUCAAAUAUUAUUUCAAUUAUUUGAAUGGAUGGAAUUUCGUGGUCAUCGUAUUGAUAUACCAGGAGUUGAUGAUUUUGGGAAAAAAAGAUUUCAUCUAUUAUUUUUUCCAGAUACAUUAAAACAAUUAUUAUUAGAUUUUGAAUAUAUUAUACCUGAUUUAGUAAUUUCUCGUAUAUUUGAAGUUCAUGGUUACUAUGGUCAGACUGUAAUGGAUUCUAGUGGUAAUUUUCGUUUAGCUCUAAAUCUAAAGUCAAUUUUGAGAUUACUAUUUGCAUUAGAAUGUAGGGAAACUCCUCAAUCAAUAAGUUGGUUUUGGAAUAUAUUAAAUUUAAAUGAAAAAGAAUAUAUAGAUGUUGAUAUAAUAAACUUAUUUUGGAAAGAUAUGUCUAUUUGUAUUGAAAAAACUUUUUCUAUUGAUUCUAUACCAAGAUUAGAAUAUAUAUGUGAUGAAAUAUUUGAUAUGAUAUGUCCUGGUAAUUCUAGUGGACGAAUUUAUAAAGACCAAUUUAUUUCAUCCCCUAUGGCUUCUACUGUUAUAUCAUAUUUAUGUGAUCCAAAGGCAUUUAUUGCACUUGAAAUGAGAGAAGAGAUUAUAGCACAAGCAGCAAAUAAAUUAGUUGAAAAUAUUGAAUCAACUUAG